CUAAGGUCCUCUUUCACCUCGCACACGGAAAGCCACUCUCUUUCUUCACCUCUUCUGUAACCUGCACCUCUCUGUCCUCCUCUAGCCAUGGAGAAGGUCCAGCACAUGACCCGCUCCGCCAUGAGAAGAGCCUCAAACAUUGAGGUCAAUCCACAGACCCGACGAAACUUACAGGAACUCUUUAUCAACUUCUCUCUGAUUCUCAUCUGUCUUCUUCUCAUCUGUAUCAUUGUGAUGCUCAUCUGAGACCCUUUACUGAACAGCCCA